AUGGAAAAUGUUUCUGAUCUCUUAUCAUUCGACAACUCUUUAACUGACUAUGUGUCGUCAUCAUAUGUAUCAGCCAAAUUUGACGACUAUCUCGGGUGUAAGGGUAUGAACGAUAGUGCGAUGGGCGAUUACUAUGCCCAAUAUACGAUCAGUGUCAUCUGCAGCAGUGUCAUUCAGCAGUCAAUUGAUACCUGCGACCUGAGUUCCGCGGACUCAGAACCAAUUUGCGCCGAUACCUGUGCGUCGUGGGCGACUAACGAGGAAGAGAUCGUGGUCAACACUGAUCUCUGUUCGAGUGCCCGCGACAACUAUAUGAAACAGAUUCAAUCAGACUUUACUAUCUGCGCAUCGCCUGCAGAUUCACUAACAGGGAGCUGUGUAGAGGGAUCCGACAAUGAGCCGACCAACUGUGGUUUCGCCAACAACACUAUUGGACUCUGCACCUACUGCCAGGGCGAGAGCGACUCAUGCUGCACAAGUGCCAACGCGACCACUAAAUGUGCUGAUGUUACUAUUCCUACUACAACCGCAUCUAUACAGCCCGUCGUGACAUCUAGCGCGACUGCGAGCGCUAGUGCCGGGGCUGGUGGCAGCCAUGGUCUCUCAGGGGGUGAUAUUGCGGGUAUUGUCGUCGGCUCCGUUGCAGGUGCCGCUAUCUUGGUCGCAUUAAUUGCCUUGCUCUUUAUCUGUCGCCGCCGUCGUCGUUCGCACAGUGACUCUGCCAGUCUUAACCAGCCGAACCCGCAACGGAAGGGCGCUUCGCCGCCCAUGCAACAAGUCGCGGACAGCCCGACGUCACCAGCCUUCAAUAUGGUCCCAGGUGGCCGUGUUGCGCGUAUGUCUGCCUUGCGUGAGAUGCCCAGCUCUUCUCCCGCUAAUUCAAGGACGUCGGGUGCGAUAUAUGCCGCAAAAUACAGUGAUACAUCCGACUCGGAAGGCAUGGGAGCCAGUCCUGGGGCCAUGUCGAAGAGAAUUCCCCCGGUGACCGGAAAGCGCCAUGGGUCGCUUUCUAGUAGCUCUGCUCUGGCUGGACUGGACAGUGACAGCUCACCUCGCUCUGGGACUAUUGGACAAUAUUCUUCUCCCGAGGGGGUGACUAGUGGCCAGUCAGAGCAGAUGUCUUAUUUCCGGGACUACUAUUCACAAGACGAUAUUUACCCUGGCGAUCAUGUCGCUGUUCUCUGGGCUUAUUCCCCACGAGCGGGCGAUGAGUUUGAAUUGGAUCGAGGUGAAAUGUUGAAGGUGAUCGGUAUCUGGGAUGAUGGCUGGGCCACGGGUGUGCGCGUUCACGAGCGCGCAGAAGACCAUGAUAUAAGUCAUCGGGAACAACGCGACAGUGGUGUUUCCAAUGGUUCGCAAAGGCCUGGCCCAUCACCGGCACCUUCUGGUGAGAUCAAGGCUUUCCCCUUGGUCUGUAUCUGCCUUCCCCAGCACUGGCGUAAGAUCAUCGACGGUGGUCUUCAGGAGGAAGAAGAUGAGUUUUGA